GUUUCAGUCGCAACGUUCCAGAAUGAUUUUAAAGAAACGACUCCGGAUGUUUUUAACAACAAGCCUGACAUCUGCUCGUCCUACUAGAGUAGUUGUACGAUCAGGUGGCAUCGUUUUGGCAAGCGGGCGCUGAGGCGUCUCGGCACGGCACUGUCCCGAAGGGGUUCGUCGUUGGAGGGGAUGAAGCAGCUGGGGUGGCUGGAGCUACCUCGAACGCGAGCCCGCGGUACCUACACGCUGGGUCUGGGUUUGGCCGGGUCGCGGCGGGUCCUGCGCAGCCAAAGAGACAGAGGCAGAAGCGGAGACAGAGGGUCGAGGCACAGGCAGAGGCAGAGGUAGAGGCAGAGGCAGAGGCAGAGGCAGAGGCAGAGGCGGAGGCGAGUAAAAGCGAGCUAGCUGGUAUAGCAAGCAGCCAGGUAGAGCAGCAGGCAAGCAGGCGAGCGAACAGGCACGGACAGCCAGACAGGCAAGCGAAGCAAGCACGACCAAGCACAACCACCGGGCCUGCGAGCCACCCUCGCUCAACCCUACACCCUCGAAUCGCUUCCCCCACCCACCGUCGCCUCGUACACCCCUCUUCUACGUCGUUCUUCGCACUCCUACUCCUUCCCCUGUGCUUUCAGCCGCCUCGUUCGUCCGUACGUUCGCUCGGUCGGUUCGUCCAGCGGUUCCGUUCUCGUCGCGUCGAGUGGCUGCGUGUUUCAAUCAGACUGUUGGCUCGAUCGUCCGCGGACCAUCCCCGCUAACUCGCUCGGUGUGUCGUCCAUCCUUCCUGGAGCGCCCCCGGAACCGCGUCGCGCUGGCUUUCGUCGCGUUCACGCCGCCCUUCCGUCUGUUUUCUCUCGUCUCGCCCUCGACAGACCGGAGACAGACACAAGGGGUUGAUCAUCCCCAGUGACAAGGAGUAACGGAGGGAGAGAGAAAGAGAGGCGGCUCGUCGCGAUACGAACCCCGGACUCGCACGGCAGAUACGUACUCUGCGUGGAAUCACGGCGAGGAAGGACCGUAUCGAAUAUUCGUAAAAGUUGUGCUUGUGAUACGCGACCAGUGACGGCAAGAUGACGAUCGGAAGGAGCGACGCCCGUCAGAGGAGGCCUCUGUGACUCCCGAGAUCACGGAGCCGCAGUCACGCCGGGUCUAAGGACACACACGCGCCUCGCAGCGGCUCACCAAGGCUGUCCUCGCAGGGGCGACGAGUCCUGAGUACCUAGGCCGGUCGUUCAACGUGGCCGAUCCUUGGACAUGGUGAGGGGGCAUGUCGAUGUGCCGGCGGUUCCUGCUGAUCGCAGCCGCGAUCACGGUCUCGAUCGAGGCUGGCUCCGCUAGUCAUCCAGGGAUCUCGCCAGGCUAUCCUGGAUAUCCUGGCUUCGCUGUUCGCUCCAGCCUGACGACCUCCGAGUCCCCGUCGAGCGUCGCCGUCACGCCCACGCCAAACCUGGACAAUGUGCCUACCUGCAGACCUUCCGAGUACCUAUGCGGCACAGGAAACUGCGUCGCCCAGGACAAAUACUGCGACGGCGAAAAUGACUGUGGCGAUAAGUCCGACGAGCCGAUAUAUUGCACCCCGUGCAACAGAACCUUGUACGGUGACGUUGGCAGGACCUACAGGGUGGAGGUCCGUAGGCCGAGGGAGGAUCGACUGCCGUUGCUAUGUCAUCUCAACUUCACCGCCGCCGGGUCUGACCUCGGAGACCUAGUUCAGUUGACCUUCGACACUUUCACCGUGGGCCGAUUCCUGUCGUUCACGUCCGAAGGAUGUCCCGACGGCUUCAUGACCAUCCGCGAGGAGAGUCGUCCCCCUACCGGAGGACAAUGGUGCGGGAGCGCAUGGGGAUACACCGUUUAUUAUAGCGAAACUGCUUCCAUCAACUUGACCUUGUAUUUGUUGCGGCUGUCCGAGGAGGGUAGCGGCUACAAAAACUUCGACUUCAAAUUGUCGUACAAGUUCCUGAGACGCAGCGAGGCUCAUCUCAGAUACGGGAACAGCAGCAUGUCCACGUGGAGAGGGGAGCUGGUAAACGGCACUUACUGCGAUCGUGUCCUCACCAAGUGCGACACGCGAGCCUGUCGACUUCAGUCGCCGAAUUACCCGGGUGUUUAUCCUAGAAACGUCACUUGCUAUUACCGGGUGGAGCAGAAUCGAGCGCCGUCCGGCCAUCGGGCGUUGCUGGCCGUGAGUCAGCGGAACAGUCAUAAAAUACACAUCAAGGACCAGCUCGCGAAGUACGACGGCAGCCAAAGGGUAUUGAGAGUGUGGGAUCAAUGCAACGUGGUCCAGGAUUACUUGACGGUAUACGACGGAGGAUCGACCUCCGAUAAAGUGUUGGUCAGACUCUGCGGAGGGGACGCCGUGCCUGACAUUGUUAGCAGCCAUAAUACGAUGCUCUUGGAAUUUCACACAUCGCCGUACGACAAUCCGUUCCAUCCCGUUCCUUUGUCGUUUCUGCCAGGAUUCGAGCUCGAGGUUCAGGUGAUCUUCGUGGACGAGAAGUCGCGGAGUUUCGUAAAGGAGAACAACAAUUGCGAUUUUUAUAUAUCCAGCGACGAGAGUUCGUCGGGAGCGUUGGAGAAUCCCAAGCACUCGUUGCCUCCGAACACGACCUGUCGCUACCACUUCCAAGGAAAGCCGAACGAGAUCGUCUGGUUGUCCUUCGUCAAGUAUUACGCCGCCAGUGCGGACGCCGCGGCGAGCAUCGACGUUGCGUCCGAUUGCAACGCGAAACUUCUCAUCUGGGACGGUGACCACACCCUAGAUAAAUUAAUUCCCGCUCGUAAGAAUAUUACGCUGAUGGGUCAGUUUUGCAAGGACGACACGCCACGACUAUGCGACCACAGCCUGCUGCGAAACGGGAGCCGCUACACGAGACCCUGUAGUCUCGCGGAGAGCUACGUGUCGACCGGUAGAGACCUCACCCUGGAACACAUUCUACGUCAAGGAAGUGCGCUUUACCCGAUAAGCUUCGUACUGCGAUACGAGUUCGUGCACGAGGCGGUUUCCUGCAACCACGCGUUCGGCUCCGUGUCGACUUCAUCCACGUCUUCCACGUCCUCUUUAUCCUCGUCGUCGUCGUCGUCCUCGCUCUCGUCCUCCGCCAAUUUCGGCAAGUUCGCGUCGCCGAAAAGUGUGUUCUUCUACGGGCGCGGUGGUGCGCAGAACGUUAGCUGUGUUUACCGUUUCGAGGCUGAACCCGACCACAGAAUAGAACUGUCCAUAACGAGAGCCUCGUUCGGGGACAAGGGAUGUUCCUCCUACGUGGAUCCGCUGGUCAAUCGGUGGACCUGCGAUCGCCGCGUAACCGAUUCUACCAAGUACGGCACCUCGGAGCUCGUCGUCUCCGAGUAUCCCUGGCAAGGGGUGGAAUUGGUGCGCGACUGCUUGUGCUCGAACGUAAGCGAAAGAAUCGUCCUGCGAACUCUGACGUCCAACGUGGUCGAGGUUCGAUUCGCCGUGACACUGAUGAACGUCACCCAGGACUACAGGGACUUCUUCUUCGAGGGUGAGUACCGCUUCGUCGCCCUGGAAGGGGAAGCGAGCGAGCAAGUUUGCUCGACGAAGCUCGAGGAACGACGAUUGCGCGGGACCAGCGGAGAAAUCUCUCUGAGAAGCCCUCUUCCACGGAUCAUUCCUGGGGUGGCAGCCGUGGAGGAGAUCCUGGCCAACACGGAGGACCUCACCGCGACCCAGUGCGUCAACGAACCCUGGCUGAUCGAGCCAGAGGACGCGCGUAUUAAUUUCCUGUACCUAAGAACCGCCGGGUACAGCAUCACUUUGGACAACGUCGAGGAAUGCAGGACGUUGAACCGUAUCAUCGUUUAUUCGGCGUCCAACACGAAGGAUCGCAGUGUAAUUUGUCCCGAGAGCGGUAUCAGCCACGACGCCAGGACGGUCGACUUUUUCUCUGGCGGUUGGAACUAUACCGCGAUAAACGUCACCGUGGCGAUGACGCAACAUUCCAGAAGCUUUAUAGUCGAAUUCCUUCAAAGGGAGCCCGGCUUCUAUGCUGUCACGUGGAUAGCUAUCUCUAAGCGGUCUCCUACUCCAAGCGUUGGUCCAAACGUCUUCACCGUACUACCCCAAGAGGAAUGUCCUUACAGGUGUCCAGAGAUCCAGGCGUGCAUAAGUUCGGUUUUAUGGUGCGACGGCAUCCGUCACUGUCCAUCGGGCUUCGACGAGGAGGAAGCCAACUGUUCGUACCGCUUCAGCGUGACUUUGCUGUACGUGGCCGUCGGGGCCGGUGCGCUCGGUAUAUUCUUGAUCCUGUUGCUCGCCACUGGCUGCCUCAAGUAUUGCCUCUACCGCCACAAGGCGCGGAAGAAAAAGAAGAACGUCGCCGUGAACGUGAACCACCUCCACGUGAAUCACACGCACCACAACAACGGCCUCACCGGAAGUCGCUUGAGCGGGCGCUACAACCUCGCCACGCCGCAGGAGAUGUACCUGGAGAAUUACGGGAAGGACAGUAUUUGUUGACAAUACGCCAUCGCCGAUAUCGAGACCACCGUGUGAAUAAUUGCAGGAUUUUUAAAAUUACACUUACCUCGCAGGGGCCUCUGGAUCCCUCCCGCGGAUGAACUGAACGAGAAGCAGACGAACCGUCGACUGCUCGUUCCCCCAACCGACAAAAAGAAACGUCGACAGACGCGCAGAAAACAUAUACGCAAUAAUCGUAAUUCCGUAGACCAAUUCUCGAAGGCAUUUAACGAACGGGUCCGAGUUGCUGGCGAGUAUCAGCGAUGAUCCACGGUACGCUUCAAUCGUCGUUCGUGUCUAAGAAUUCGCGAACGUGUCGCGUGUUCAAAGAUACCGAUCCGUACGAAACAAGGUGAGUCCUUUUGCAGCAGCACCUGUUCGCUUCCAAACGUACCGUCAACCUGCGUUUCUGGUUUUACAGUAUUUCAAACGUAUCGUGGAUUUUUCGGUUAGGCGAAACGUAGAUCGAAUCGCGCGAUGCUCGCGCGUAUGGUUUUCGCGAGAAAACCGCGGUAUCACGGUAGCUCUAGGAACACACGUUAGGUUAAAAGCGGUGAAACGGAGAGCGUGUAGAGCGCGACGGGUUCAAAUUAAAGAAACGAAAACGAAGAGUAAAAGAUAAAGGGGAGGGGGGUUGGGGGGGAGGGGAUGCGAAACGCAAGUAUAUGCUUUUAAAACGAAGUAGGAAACGAAAUUUGCAUCGGGAGAGAGAAUUUUAUCGCGGUCGAGUGCCGAAGGGAGUGCCACAAACGUCCACGAUGGGAAACGACGACGGUGAACGGAAUUUUUGGCGGGAAUACGUGGGGAAACGACGACGGCGCACGAGUCGAGAGUCACGCGAUACGGAUCGAUACGAAUCGCAUGGGAACGUCGGGGGAUUAAAAGCGAAACUACUGUGAUUUACACUCGAAACGAGAGAAAGAUAAAAAAAAAGUAAACGCUCGAGAUCACGUGUCACGAAAAAAUAUGUAAAAGAAAAAAAAAUCGUAAAAAAAAAGAAGAAGAAGAAGAAGAAGAAACAGGAAGAUAAUUUCGACCGACGUUUGUCACUUUCAAAGUCUGUUUUACUUUAUAAUUUUAUAAUUGUCAUACAACUGUCCGAACGACUGAAUUCCGAACGAAUUCAUACGCGAUUUAUCCUAAGAAUUGUUACGACCAAAAAAUCAACCACGUGUUUAUCACCGACCCUCCCGUUCCAUCACAUUAUCGAAUCGAUCGGGGUGUAAUCUGCGUCGAUCCGUCGAUCGAUUCCGCCGUUUUUUAUAAGAGACGCGCAACCAGCACGUUCGUUAACGCGGGAGCGUAGCGGCGCCCUCGUGAAUCGCCAUUACGUAUUCGCUGCCGAUGGCGAUGGAUCGAGCUCCAGACAAAGAGAUUAUACAGAUUACUAUAUAAGAAAUUAUAUAUCUAUGUAAUUAUAGCUAUCGUUAUAUACGUAUCUAUGUAAUCUCUUUGGUUCCAGACGAUUACGAGCAGAGCUGGGCACAGGGCCGGCGCCCCGAUGCAACUUCCAAUUUAGACGUCCCCUUCUAACUAAUGUUACGCGAAUUGAACAUAAACGAAACCUGGGUUUAUAUUAACAUGUAUCGAACAAGAUGUAAUAACACUUUGUUACAUAACAAUAUUAUUGCACAAAUUAUCAAGUGUGGACAGUCUUGUUUAAAACUUAUUUUCCUCGCUCUUAAACUAGGAAUCUCGUUGAUAAUUAUAUACCGUCGCUCUGCGAAGCUACACUCGAGCACGAUUGCGUUCAUCCUUGUCGAUUAAACGAUUUUUCUAUUCCUUCGAAGAAGCGCUCCAUCGUUUACCACCACGCGAAGCCGGCCCUGUCUGGGCAAACUGUAUUUCAAAUUCGAUCGAGGCGUAAACGUUUCGAAGUAACAUUUACGAGUUAUUUAGAUUUAAACAACUAUCGACUCGUUUGAGAUAAGAGCAUUUUUAAACAUGAUAAUUUAUUCGAAUAAAAUCGUUUCACUCUUUUUCUUUCUUUCUUUCUUUUUUUUUUUUUUCAUUUCGAUCGACACGGAAAUAAAGUAACAUGUUUAAGACGACGAAUCGAAUAACAUUGUUUCGGGGGUGCCCAGAUCCGAUUAUCCAAACGCUACUAUAUACAGGGCUUAACUAACUCGAGUCACUUUGAGGACGAACCGGGAAGUCCUUAGAGGCUAAACAAACUCCGGACGCCGGAUAUCCUAUGCUCCUGCAUUAAACUGAGAUCCUUACCUAUUCAGAUUUCAUAAGUAAAUAACGUUUAUCGAAGAUGAUAUGACAUAUAGUUAAAUCACACAUGUAACCUAGGUUUGAUAUCGACGCGCGAGGCUUGUGACUGGGACGUAGAGAUCGAUGUAUAGUUGAUUAUCGUUUAAACGUGCGCGAAAACGAGAGAAACAAUGGGCAAACAGAAACGACACAACGCGUACAUUGUAACCUCCCCCCUUGUUACGAAUGUGUCGACUAUUAAAGGCACGCGUGCGAGGAGAGGAUUCACAUUUACAUACCCACGUACAUACAUGCACACAAACAGAUACGUAUGGUAAAAAAAAAAGAAAAGCGCGUAUAACUUACGUCUGUAUGCUGUGAUAGAAGUAAGCGUAUCAACAAUCGGAA